AUGGAGGACCAGGCAUCGGCCGCUCUGCAACAUGCAAAGGAGCUGCGUGUUCCGCGCGAGUUUGCAAAAUACGACGACCAGUCCGAGCCGGAGGUCAUCAUCCGUCUCGAGCAGUGGAAGCAGAAGGCGUGCGACGUCCUUCUCGCUUUGCGCGACGACCUCCGCACCCAGCAGAACAUCACGGUAUCGGCUCAGGCAGCGGUCGUUUAUGCUACCGCCACGUUUGACGGUGAGGGUCCUUGGGUACUCGACUCGAGCAGGAAGACUGCGCAAGAUGUACUAUCCUCGUUCGAGAAGCCUAACACCGACCUGUUGGAGCGUAUACUCCGUGACUCCGUGAAGCCCGUAUUCGCUCUGAACCCACAUCCGAAUAUCAAUGCGGAUACGGGUCGCAAACUCCCUCAUGCAGCCGGAGGAGCUCUGGGCCAGCUCGACUAUCUAGAAGGGCAAGAGUGGAAGUCGCAUCCAGAACUAUACAACGUCUUAUCCUGGAGUAUACGCCACGCGGAUGACCGUAACAUCGAGAGGCUAUGGCAUAUGUUCGUCCCUCCGAUCAUGACAUACCUCGACGACUACCAAGCUGCAUUUAAGCUGCAUGGCGUGGAUCUGGUGGUGCAUUUACUCACAAUCACACCUGCGCAACUUCUACGUAGGACUGGCAUGGAUGUCUUGCUCGCUACUUCUCUCAAAACGUGUUUGACGUUCCUACACAAUCCAGAGACCCCUGAGUUGAUCCGUCGCGCGGUCACCGCGUAUUUGCGCUUGGUGGAGUGCACGACAUCGCGAGGGUCAGUCGCGCGUUUUGAUCAGCUAUGCUCAUUGCUGGGAGAUAGCAUCAUCGGCAACGUCUGGGUCUACGCUUCGCGCGAACUCGAUACUCUUCAGGCAUCCUUGGAUACUAUUCCUGAAAUUGUCGAAGCCUUGGACAUCGGAACUGCGCGUUAUCUCAAGGCACUGAUCCCGCAACUAGUCUUACCUCUGAUUCCGGCGCCGGAGAACGACACUUCUGUGGCAUACAAACUGGCAUCUACCCGCGCGCUUUCUGCAGUGAUACGGAUGAGCACGCCCAGGAUACCCCAGUGGAGGGGCACUAUCCUUGAGGCCGUACUUAAAUGCUGGGUAGACCUCUCAAAUCGCGGUAUUAGCGAUGCAGAAUGCUCAACACUCAAAGACGAGUUACGCAGUGUGUGUGCGGCCCUCACCUCGGCAUGUCACCCAGUGGUACCCGAGUUCGAUCGUCUCCUGGUACUUGACUCCGAGAUGUUUGGGCCUCUCUUGGGCUCACCUACUGCGUAA